AUGUCUUUCCAACAAAAGGAAUUCACCUCUUUACCUCCACCUCCACCCCCAGGGACAACGUCUGACUUGUCCGUCGCAUACCCAUGGCGCUCUGUGUGCCCGGGAAUCUGGGAACUGAUACUAAAUGGCUCCGACGAGCACAAGUCAACACUACAAUGGUGGGAGCCGCAUUUCACAACGGAUACCGACCAAAUAAUCACCCAUACUUUCAUCGAGGAGGUAUGUUUCCUUAAGGGUGGACUAGAAGAUCUGAGUUUGGGUCAAUCAUGGGGUGUUGGUGCAUAUGCGUAUCGGAAGCCUGGAAUGGAGCAUGGACCUUACCGAGCAUCGGCGGAUGGAUGUUUGAUGUUCGUAAAAGUGACACCUCCUUAA